GAUAGUCGUUUGGAAAGCCCAGAUAGAGGCUGGUUUGAGGCUCCCUCCCCCCACCUUGCUGGUUGACGUUUGUAAUUACUUUCACAUCCCCUUUUUUCAAGUCGCUCCUUCUGCUAUUCGGAGGUUAUAUGCCUUCCAUGUUUUGUGCCGGGCUAACGGUGUUGGGGACACCGCCAAGCUAUUUUGUCAGACCCAGACCCUUCGCAUGCAAGGCAGUCCCUUGUAUAGUUUUGCCUCUCACCCUAAAUAUCCUACUACUUUUCUUUCCUCCCUGAAUUCCUUGGAUAAGGGCUUCCUGAAAUAUUAUUGUUAUGUGCGCACCCUUUUCGGCAACUGGCGCGAUUAUGGUGCUUCGAAGCUGGAAUGGCAUACAAGUCGCACUACUUAUAAACCAGCCUCUUCCGAAGUCCCUUCUACCCGUGACCAGGGUAUUAUAGCUCACCUUAAUGCUAUGAAUAAGGCCCAGCCUCUAGACUGUAGGUACUUGGCCGAGAACAAUUCCUCUCUGGCAUAUAAUGGUCUGUUUCCCCUGUAUCCAGCGAGAUCAAUAGGUAAAAAAUAUACAUUAGAAAACACAUUAGCUUUUGUUACCCUGCUUUUAAUGAUGUGAAAUUUUGGUUUGCAGAUAUGUCUUGGAGAUCGAAAUGUGGGGACAAUUUGCCUGACACCCCUUCUCUUGCUGGCAGCGGAGCGCAUGGCCCAAGCGGUUCUGCUUCCAGAACAAGUCCCUCGGAGCAGCCUGCUGGUUCCGAACUGAUCCCCAUUCCCCCUGUAGUUGAAAUCCCAGAGGGGAAUGUGGAAGCCUCGCACCCCUUUGAUGCGGAGGAAGUUGAUGCGGGGGCUCUUGUUCACAGACGUAGGCACUCCAGUGCUGGUGACACCGCUGACACCCGUGAAGAAGAUAUCCAAGUCGUGGAUAUUAUCGAUGAGGUUCCUUCACCUGAUUCGGCUCCCGAUGCCACCCUUGCCGAUCUUACGAAGAAGAGGAAGAGAGGUUCCCUGAUCUCUGUGGGUGAGAAGGAGAGACAGGAGGGCCUAAAAAAGGCUGGCAAGUCCUCAGAGCCAGCGAGGAGGUCUGCUGGUGGUGUGAAGAUUCUCACUCCUGCUGGGGACAAGGGCAAAGGGCCAGCGAAGAAGUCAGCUGGUGGUUCCAAGGUUCUCCCCUCUGCCGGUGGAAAGGGUAAGGGCAAAGCUGUGGUGCCCUCGGCUGCUGAGUCAGAGGAUCUUGUUCCUGGGCCCAUUUCGAGUUUAUCGGGUAAGGCAUUAGUUAAUGCGCUGCUAGCUCGUGUCCACUCGGAGGACCAGGAGAAAGUGGAGAAUUUGUCUCGGGCGUCUCUGGCUACUCAGCUAUGCCAGCUGGCUCUUCAGGUAGAGUCACGGUUAUGGGGUGCCGUUAAGUGCAUCCAUGACUAUGAUAUGGCAGAGAAGGAAAGAGAAAAAGAGCAGGUAGAGGUCGCCAAGCGCGAUGAUGUUGUUGCUGGAGUUGUGGAGCGCUUGAGCAAGGCUGAGGCGGAGAUUGUUGAGUUGAAAGCUAAAUUAGCUCAGGUGGAGGUGGAGAGAGCGUCCUUGGCCUCCGAAUUAUCGAGGGCCACAAAAGAGGGCCAUGAAUGCCUGGCCAGGUUCAAAGCUAGUUAUGAAAGAGACUACGAGGAAGCCAGGCGGGGCUGGAAAAGGAUACUUGUGGAAGCUCAGAACCGCGCGUUCGUCCUGGGGGCUCGAGAUCAACGCCUGGAGUAUUUUUUGUCUCCGCGGGGUCAACAUUUCCUGGGGUUGAUGCUGGAAGAGAAGCCAGAGUGGUGGUACCCAGUACUAGAGAAGGCCAUUCCCUAUUUUUCUCUUGGGAUUGGAUCUGACUCGCUGCCCUCCACUCCUGUGUAUGCACCUGCGUUCUCUGCUUCCUUGGCGCGCUUUGUGAACCGGCUGCGGGAUCCUUCUGGCGAGAGCUCCCGAACAUUUUCCCAAUUCGGCCUGGAGCCUCCCCUGCCCUCUGACUUAGCGGCUUCUGUCUUCACCGACUCUGCCCCUUCCCCCGCUGCGGUGGGACAGCUGUUCGACCUGUACCAAAAUGAGGAUCUGUAUGUGCAAGAGGCUGCAAAGUUGUUGGAUUUGGGAGUUCGUCUUCCUCAAGUGAAGGAAACUGGCCCGUUGCCCGUGUUCACAGAGAAAGCCGUUUCUGGCCAUGCUUCUGCCAGUGGUGUUCCUCCCCUAAUUUCAUCUGCCUCUGCUCCUGUCUCCUCUGCUGCUGCUCAAGCUGCUUCUGUUCCUCCCUCUUGA